AUGGAAGCGACGAGAGCGACAAAUCAGGAGUAUCUACUUGGCGUGGGAAAAGCCGAUAUUACCGGACCCGUGGUCGAGCUUAAUUUCAUGGGAUAUGCAUCUCUAGCACAAAUUGGAACUGGUCUUCGACAACGUAUUUACUCACGUGCUUUCAUCGUUGGCGAUGUGAACAACCCUGACAAUCGUUUUGUCUAUCUGGUCCUCGAUACUGCUUGUGGAGACACUGCCAUUCGUUAUGGUAUCCUCGAAGCAUUAGCAAACCUUGGAUCCGAUUACUCCAUGUAUGGACAAAGCAACGUUGCUGUUACUGGUACUCAUGCUCAUUCUGGACCCGGAGCUUGGCUCAACUAUUUGCUUCCUCAAAUUACUAGCUUGGGAUUCGAUAAGCAAAGUUACCAGGCUAUUGUUGAUGGUGUUGUCCUCUCCAUUCAAAGAGCUCACGAAAGUCUUGAACCUGGAUACUUGAGUUAUGCUGACACAAACAUCACGGAUGCAAAUAUUAACCGUAGUUUGUGGGCCUAUCUUGCCAAUCCUGCUGAAGAGAGGGCUCAAUAUGAUACUACCACGGAUACUACAUUGACCAUGCUUCGAUUUCAACGUGCUUCAGAUGGUUUGAACACCGGAGUUUUGUGUUGGCACAGUGUUCACGGGACAUCUAUGCUGGAGAACAAUACCCACGUUACCGGAGACAAUAAAGGACUUAGCAGUUAUCUAUUCGAGCAAGCAGCGAAGGAUGAUUCCACUGCAGCAUCAGGUUUCGUGGCUGCGUUCAGUCAAAGCAGCGUUGGCGAUACCUCACCGAAUGUUCUUGGAGCAUGGUGUGAUGAUGGGUCUGGAGAGAUGUGUACUUUGGAGCAUAGCACCUGCAAUGGAACCAGUGAAGCUUGCCAUGGAAGAGGUCCUGAAUUCCAAAAGGUUGAUCUCGGUGUUUCUAGCUGUUAUGAAAUUGGCAGGAGAGUUUAUGCUGGUGCAAAAUCACUCUAUGACUCUUUUGAUAGUGUGGCAACAGCUGUCUCGGAUUCUAGCGUAAAGUUCUACCAUACCUUCCAGGAUAUGCGUUAUUUCAGUUUCCCUCUUCCCAAUGGAACCGUGGUCCAAACUUGCCCAGCAGCACUUGGGUACUCUUUUGCAGGAGGAACCACUGACGGACCUGGCGCUUUUGAUUUCGUUCAAGGAGAUAACAAUAGCAAUGCGCAGAACCCGUUCUGGGAAGUCGUUUCCGAUCUCCUCACAACUCCUAGCGCUGCUCAAGUUGCUUGCCAAAGUCCUAAGCCUGUUCUUCUCGACGUAGGUGAGAUGAGCGUGCCUUACGCUUGGUCACCUAAUAUCGUUGAUAUUCAAUCUUUCCGCGUCGGUCAAAUGAUCAUCAUCGUUACUCCUUCAGAGGCCACCACCAUGACAGGACGUCGCUGGAAAGCCGCUGUAGCUGCUGCUGCUACCAACAACUCAAUCGUCACUUCGACACCGAAAGUCGUUCUUGGUGGUCCAGCAAACACCUACGCACACUAUGCUGCUACUCCAGAGGAAUAUGGUGUUCAAAGAUAUGAAGGCGCUAGCACGCUCUACGGACCCUGGGAAUCUUGGGCGUAUAUACAUCUUUCAGAGUCCAUGAUUGGGUAUUUGGCAGCAGGAAAUUCUAGUACAGCUCCAGCUGGCCCUUCGCCACCCGAUAAUGUCAAUAACUCCCUGAGUUUUAUCGCAGGCGUAGUCUACGACGGUGCCCCGAUUGGCAAGAGCUUUGGAGAUGUACUUGAACAACCUAACGCCGCCUAUUCCAUCGGCGACGUCGUGAAUGCCUCGUUUGUCGGUGCCAAUCCUCGUAACAAUCUCAGCCUUGAAGGUACUUUUACAGAAGUCCAGAUGUAUGAGAACGACGUUUGGACAACUGUGAGGGAUGACAGUGAUUGGUUUCUAGAGUAUACUUGGUACAGGGAUGACAGCUUGUUGGGCACAAGUCAUGUUGUUAUCAGUUGGGAGACAGAGAGUUAUGCUACUGCAGGGACCUAUAGGAUUGUUUAUCAUGGGGACUGGAAGGAAGCAUUGCUUGGGACUAUCACGGCGUUUAACGGGACCAGUAGUAGUUUUACGCUUUCUUGA